GGGGCUGUGGAGCUGGAGGGCCUGAAAGCGGCCGUGCUGGAGCGGAUCGUGGACCUGAUGGAGACCAUCUCAGUAGAGGCCAACCGAAAACACAUCCUGGCGUACAGCAUAGACGCCAUCCGCUGCCUCAGCGACCCGAAGCUCAGCCUGGAGCCAGCGCUGGAGUCGCGCCUCCUGCGGGCCGCCGUGGAGAAGAGCUUGCUGGCCAUAAGGCGUGAAACCCAUCGCAACCAGGUCAUGCAGCGGCUGUACGAGGAGUACCUGGAGGGCCUGCUGUGCUGCGUCUUGUCCAGCGCCCCCAGCCUGGGCAAGCUCUACUCCAUCUGGGAGCACUUUACAUCGUGGACUGAGGCGCCGGAUGCCCAGCACCGUGCACUGGGCAUUAAGAUCAUCACCGACACCAUUGCCUUUGCUGUGCAGCUCCUCCCACUAUUUGAGGGCUCCCCUGACAUACCGGAGGUGGGGGACAUGGCAGCCUGCCUGGGUCUUACCAUCAACGACCCGGAGGAGACCAUCAGCUGCAAGGCCAGGGCAUGCAUGUAUUUGCUCACUCAAAUCCUCCUUCAUCAGAGGGGCCAAGACAUGCGAGGGGCAGAGGAGCUGCGGUGCAAGUGCCAGAACGAUCAGAACCAGGUCCAGAAGUACAGGGACCUGGCGAGAGUGGGAGAGGGGCUAAGAAAGAUCUUGCUGGAGGAGCAAAGGAGAGCUUUCCUGCAGAGGGCCCUUCAUGCAGUUCACAAUGCUAUGCACAUCAGCCAAGCUGGGCUAAUCUCUCUGUAUGCCAUCCUGGGGGAAGCUGGCCGCUUGAUGGGGCACAAGAUCAGCAGCCACGAGAAAGAAAUCCCCAUCAGGGUCCUGAACAAGCUAUUUAUCAUCACCNCUUUGAGAAAGCUCUCAGUCCCCACUUCCUCACAUCACAGCCUUGUAUCAUGGUCCCAAUGCAUGGAUCUAAUCUUUUGCUGCUUUUUCUUACACUGCGUAGCAACACCUGCAGACCACCUCAACCCUGACAGCACCUCCCUGAGCGAAGAUGACCUCCCCAACCUCACCGGGAGCCCGAUGGCUACAGAGAAAAGCUGCAACAGCGCUGAAGCCACCACACACGUCACCGACUGACAAGUCAUCAUCCAGUCCGAGCCGUCCUCCACAGACAAGUCAGCCUCUGCAAGAGAAGCAGCCUGAGAAACCCUCGCGGUGAAGAACUUGAAUAUCUUCCAACCCAGCUCUGCAAAGGGCUGGGGAAAGACCAGGCACCACGAGUUUGUAGUGCCCAGGUUGCCAAGUGGAGGACGCUCUUGUUGUGUGGACGGCAUUUUGUGACCCCUGCCUCAGGGCUUUGGCCGGUCGCCGUUUGGGGCCAGGAAGGAAUUUUCCCCCCCUUCAUUUAUGGGACCAACUUCUGGGGGUUUUUCGCCUUCCUCUGAGGCAUCGGGACAUAGUCAGACCAUCCCGGCGUCUGUUGUGUUAGUAGCCUGCCUUUGAAUCCAUCGAGGGCCAUUCAGGGAGUGAAGAAA